AUGAACAGGUUCUAUUUUGGGGACUCCGACGAGUCGGAAGCAGAGGCGAACGGCAGCGAUGGAUACCUGCCGUUCCCAAAACCUUUGUCCAGAGCGUCCUUCGUCACUCCAGACUUCGAUCCGGCGGAAUUUCUUUCGUCCCUCGCCAAUCGCCAUCAAUCUCUCGCAGAUCUGCAGACAGAGCUCCGGGAACUAAGCCAAUCUCUCAGCAAAGAGCUUCUCGACUUGGUCAAUGAAAACUACCAGGAUUUCCUUUCCCUCGGCACCGCUCUGAAAGGAGGUGAGGAGAAAGUUGAAGAAAUCAGGACAGUAUUACUAGGUUUCCAGCGUGACAUCCGGAGCGUCAAGGAGAAAUUUGAGAGUAGAAAGGCCACGAUCAAGGAGCUCUUGGAUGAGAAAAAGCAAUUGGGAUCUCAAAUUGCUAUCGGUCACGAUUUAUUAGACAUUGCUGAGCGAAUUGAGCUCCUCGAGCAAAGGCUCAUGGUCCGCCAACGGCCCAGGGACAAUGAGGUGGAUGUUGAAGAUGUAGAUUAUGAUGACGGAGAAACUGACGAGGACGAAGACCAAAGGAAUGGUGAAUUAGAUACCACACCUUUGAUAUCCUUACGACGACUUGAGCGACGCACUCACCAGUAUCUCAGUUUGAAGGUUGUAAUCACCCGGGUUGGUGAACAACAUCCGUUUGUUAUCGGACAAGGAGCCAGACUCGCAGUCAUUAAGUCGGGCUCUGCUAAUGGACCUCAAGGCUGCGGUAACGCAAGCAGAAAUGGUCCGGAGAGAACAGAGAGGACCGUCUCUUGA